AUGUUCCGUUUACAACUUUCAAAGGCAGUCCAAAAAACAGGUUCUAGAUUGUUACUACAACAAAGGGCUUAUUCCACCGGUGGUCGUGUUGGUCCAAACUUUUACGUUACUGAAUUAAAGCAAAGAUUUGGUGGUGUUUUCCUAUGGGCUGGUACUUUGACUUUGUUAUUAGGUUGGCCAGCUGCUUUUUACAUGUAUCAUAAGAAAGUUAAUGCUCUACCUGACUUAUAA